AUGGUUGGAAAGAGCGGGACUUGGCGCGCUCAGCUGCAACUCCCUGCCGAGUUGCCCCAGAGACCGCGACGCCGCCGCGCCCAGGGACCAAUGAGAGCCCCGCUGCCGCCGCCGGCGCCCGUGGUGCUGUCGCUCCUGCUGCUCGGCUCAGCCCAUUAUGCUGCUGGAUUGGAUGUCAAUGGCACCGACUCUGGGAAAGGGGAGCCAUUUUCUGGGGACCACAGCGCUGACGGAUUGGAGGUUACCCAGAAAAGUGGGAUGUCCUCAGGAAGUGAGAUUUCCCCUGUGAGUGAAACGCCUUCUAGCAGGGAACUGUCCUCGGGGAUCGACUAUGACUAUGCAGAAGAGUAUGAUAACGAACCUCAAAUAUCUAGCUAUAUCGUAGAUGAUUCAGUCCGAGUUGAACAGGUAGUUAAGCCCAUGAAAAACAAAACAGAAAGUGAAAAGACUUCAGAUAAACCCAAAAGAAAGAAAAAAGGAGGCAAAAGUGGAAAAAAUAGAAGAAACAGAAAGAAGAAAAAUCCGUGUGAUGCAGAAUUCCAGAAUUUCUGUAUUCAUGGAGAAUGCAAAUACAUAGAGCACCUGGAAGCUGUAACAUGCAAAUGCCAUCAGGAUUACUUUGGUGAACGGUGCGGGGAAAAGUCCAUGAAGACUCACAGCAUGGUUGACAGUGAUUUAUCAAAAAUUGCUUUAGCCUCCAUAGCUGCCUUUGUGUCUGCGGUGAGCUUCACAGCCAUUGCUGUUGUCAUCACAAUCCAGCUUCGAAAACGAUACUUCAGGGAAUAUGAAGGAGAAGUUGAAGAACGAAAGAAACUUCGACAAGAAAAUGGAAAUGUGCAUGUCAUAGCGUAACUGAAGAUGAUAUGACAGGGUAUCGGAUCAGAGUCACUGCCAAGUUACAACCACGAGUGAUGAGUUGGUUCCUCUUUUUGGUGGAUCAUAAAAAAACCAGAACCUUUUUGUUCUGUUGGUUUUAAACUUUCAGUUGUCACUUUUUAUGCUAAGUUCUUAUUUCUGUACAUAAAGUUGCAUGGAGAUAAAAAAGUAUUUUUUCAAGUUGUAAAUAAUUUAUUUAAUAUUUAAUGGAAGUGUAUUUAUUUUACAGCUUAUUAAACUUUUUUAAGCAAA